GAAUCUCUCCGUAAAUUGAAGCUGUGAAUGACAGUGCGGGAUAGAGAGGCAGCAGCCACACCUGUCCUUUGCCUCACUGCCUGACUUGGAGGAAACAGAGUUUGGAUAUAGUGAUCUGUACUAAUUGCUGAUCUCAGGAUGGGAGAUGUUAUUCAGCUUCUCUGACAGGAAACCACAGGCGCAGAGAGAAGAGGAGGAGCAGGAAAGUAACUGUCACUUAAGGACAAGAUAUAGGAAAGACGCUGGUAACAACAGGAUUUAUGACUGUGUGACAAUCAGCCUGUGCUACACUGUACCCAUCUAUCUCGUCUUCUGCUGUUCAUCUUUUCUUGUUGUCCUGUAACCCCGGGCAGAGCUGAACUUCUACUGUAGUAAGGUUAGAAUAUAUCUAGAGCUAUGAAUACAAACUCAUCCAACACCACCAAUGGCUCAUCUCUCUUUCCUGUCCAUUGUUCUCGUGAUGCCAGAAUGACACAGCUUGUGUUCCCUAUCCUAUACACUGUCGUCUUCUGUCUGGGGGUAAUCAUGAACAGCGUAUCCGUCUGGAUUUUCUUCCAGGUUCCAAGCAAAUCUGUCUUUAUUGUCUAUCUUAAAAAUACUGUGGUGGCUGACGUGAUCAUGACCUUGGCGCUGCUUUUCAAGAUUCUUACCGACUCUGGGAUUGCGCCUUGGCAGGUUAAAGCAUUUGUUUGCCGUUUUUCUGCAGUAAUAUUUUAUGUAACCAUGUACAUAAAUAUAAUACUGCUCGGAUUUAUAGGAUUUGAUAGAUUUCUGAAAAUUGUCCGACCAUUUAGAAGGAAUAGCAUGCAUCGGGUGAGCACGGCCAGGGCGAUCUCUCUAACAGUGUGGAUAGUCAUGUUUGGACUAUCUGUACCAAACAUGAUCCUCACCAGUGAAGAAGCAACACCGCUAACCGUUCGCAAAUGCACCGAUCUUAAGACGGCACUGGGGGUCAAGUGGCAUGAGGCAGUUAAUUAUAUCAGCCUGGUUAUCUUUUGGACGACUUUCAUUUCCUUGACUCUGUUCUAUACAGUUAUCAGCAAAAAGGUUUAUGACUCCUACACAAAAUCUCACAGUAAACAGACAGCUGCAAGAAAAAACACAAAAGCAAAAGUGUUCAUUGUAAUCAUUGUGUUCUUCCUGUGUUUUGCUCCCUUCCACUUUGUGAGGAUGCCAUACACAUAUAGCCAGACUGGAGUUAUAAAAGACUGCCAUCUCAGUAACCGGUUAUUCCUGGCCAAGGAAAGCACCCUAUGGGUUGCAGCCACCAAUGUGUGCAUGGACCCUCUUAUCUAUGUACUUCUCUGCAAGCCGUUUAGAAAGAUGCUUCCUGGAAUUAUGAAUUCAAAGAUUUCAAGCCUGGAGACACAUAUUAACAAUGAGUCAACAGUAUAACCUCAAACCUUUCACUAAUUGUUAGAAUACAAAGGACGAUUCUUUCUCUCCUCUACAUAUAAAACAAAACAACAGACCUCAUUUACAAAGAACAGUGGAACCAGCACCACCGAAGUGCCUACUAUAUACCGAGCCAGUUUCUGUUCCCAACUCCUCCCCUACAGCCAUGCAAAUGUCUGCUGCACUGCUCCGCAUACCCAAGCAUGUAAAAUGUGUUACACUCUAUGCAAAUGACGACAUCUGGCAGGACCAUACAGUAUCUGGGUUUGCGCUGCUCAGCCAAUGUCUUGUGCUUUGUAAAUGACUUUCAACAUGCUCAAUGAUAAUGUGACUGUACUGCAUAUUCACUGAUGUAAGUCAACAUGAAAUGGAAAAUACUGUACAAGGUUCAUGUAAGAACAACAUUGCAAAAUACGAGUUCCCUAAAAGUUCCUCAUAUAGCUGUCUAAUCAGGCAUAAAUAUAACAUCUCCCAAUAAUAAAAUAAAAGCCCCCAAUAACUCUAAGAAGCUGAUAGUGCUGCUUGUGUUCUGAAAUAAUAUAAAACGCUACAACUACGUAUUAUACCCAAGAGUAUCUGUUCGUAACUGCAGAGUGAGGGUAAUUAGAACUUAAAGAUUAAACAUUAUGUGAGUGUAAAGGGAUAUACAGUAGAUGUUCCAUUUCUGAUAUGUAGUUCUGGUGUCAAACUACUGUAAGUGUGUAUAUUUUAACAAUGGUAGUGUCUAGAUAAUAAUAUGAGAGGUCACAGCAGACAAUAAAAUACAUAAAAUGUAAAGCUAAAUUUGGGUUUCUGAAUUAUAGGAGGGUUCUGUCCUCUUUGAGCUGGUCGUAGGACACCUGCAUUACGCUCUGGUAGACUGGUCUUGCAAUUUCUGCGUGCUCUGUGGCCGAGUGUACACAACUACUGUAUGACCAAUUCAGAAUCAACUCAGUUAUACCUCCACUUGCAGCUGAAUGAGUGCAACUGGGGGGCAGCAGGGGGUUUGCAUGUAGGCGGAACGGAGAGCUAUACUGAGUUGUGUGUACAGUACGCAGAGAUCCACAUAAUUUCAGACAAAUGUCUUGCAACAGGCAUAGGGCUGGUAAUAGCUAUUUUCCCCAACUUUUCACCUCAGGAGGUGGUGAAAAGAAA